AUGCUUGGACAGCGUUCGAGGUUCGCUGUGGCGCUCAUCGGGCGCCUCGGCAGCGUGCGAACGCGGCGUGGCUCGGCACUAGGGUUCGAGCACCGUUCUGGUACUGUUCAUUGGCGGAGGAUUUGUUCGGAUUCUCGUAAAUCCACUGCGGAUCAAGUUUUCGGUUACGAUGAAACGGCAAAAGGCGGAUCAGCAGCCGGCACGAACGGUGCUGACACCGGGUCGCAGGGCCCGGCGACGGCAAAGCCGACCCCUGGCGCUUCCGGAGAUCAAAACACGCAACAAAGCACUGGAACUCCCGAUGCACAAGAACGAGUGCAGAGACUCGAAGGUCUGUUACAGGAGAAGGAACAGGAGAUUGCGACACUACGGGAUCGUGCGAUUCGGCUGCUCGCCGAGAUGGAGAACGUGCGUAUGAUUGCUCGGCGGGACGUCGAAGCAGCCCGGAAAUACAGUAUCUCUUCGUUUGCGAAAGAGCUACUGGAUGUUGCGGAUAACUUGAAUCGAGCAUUGGCAGCGGUCCCGCGGCAGCAGUUGGAAGUGAGUUCAUCAUCGAAUAGCACUGGCGCAGGCGGUGCGGUUUCGGCAGCAGAAUCAGCGAAAUUAGCGAGUCUUCUUACAGCUUUGUAUGAGGGAGUAUCGGCGACAGAACGGGAAUUGCAGAGAACCCUGCAAAAAUUUGGUAUUGAGCGGUACGGUGAAAUUGGUGAGCCCUUCAAUCCCGAGGUUCACCAAGCGGUGUUCGAGGCACCUGCCCCGGUAGCUGAUUCCGCUACCUCAGAGCAGUCUGGAGCGGCGAAACCGUCACCGUCGCUACCCGACGGGGCCAUUUUGCAUGUGCUCAAAGCCGGCUAUCGCAUUCAUGAUCGGGUGCUUCGGCCUGCCGAAGUCGGUGUCGUGAAAAAUGUAUCGCCGUCGACGUAG